UUGUGCGGUGAGAGUCAGUGCGGGUGAUUAAGCGUGCAUCUUUUACUUCAAGAAGAAGAAGAAGAAGAAUAAGGGAACGGUGGAUAGGAUAUACUAGUACCAAUGAUGAAGGAAAAGAAAAGGACGAAGAGGAGGAAACGAGUCUUGGGAGGAGAAGGAACCGUCGGUCGGUGACGGUCAGCGAGCGCGAGCUGACCUAUGACCCAUGCGUCUUUCUCUCUUUUUCUCUCUCUCUCUCUUUUAGCCAGUCGUCGGAUCUCUUUGCACACCCGUGGCUAAGGUCCCGGCGUGGGCGAUGUUGCGGGGAGGGGUGCAUGUUGGCCCGCGGGCGUCCCGGGACCGUGAGAACACCACCUAUAAUAUUAUUUAGUCUGCCCUCUACGCGAGAAAAGGACGAUGAGAAGGAGAGAGAGAGAAAAAGAGAGAUGACUUGAAGGAGAGGGAGAUGGCUGAAGAGAAAGAAAGAGAGUGAGAAGGUACCGGUAAAGAGCAGCUAACUAUAGGCGCUAUACACGGUUUACUCUCGCGCAUUAAUUGCCGUCGUAAAUUGUUGCGGCUUUACAGUCAAGUCAAUGUGAAAUGGUACGGCGCGGCACGAAGAGCAAAAUUCCCUUUAGUUGUCGAUCUUUUCCGCAUUAAAUCCCUCUUGUAUUUCUUUAACCUAAUCCAAAUGGAUUAGAAAUACGUUAUAAAAAAUAUCUAUUAAGAUUAAGACUCCCGAAAAAUAUUAUUUUUUUCCCAUUCUUUUUUUAAGGUUAAGGUAUAUAAUAUAAAUUGUAUACAUCAAUUGGAGAAUUGGGUGUAUGAUAGCGCACGCUUAAUGCCAGAGGGUACUCCCCCGCAAAUGUGAAGGCGCGUGUGUGUUGCCAGGCCGCCAAGUCCCAGCUGUACAAGAUGCAAUGGGGACGAGUGGGCCCAAUGUGAAUCUCAGAUACCUGCCGUCAGGUGGCUCCACCAGCAGCGCUCGUCAGCGAGUUGCUGAAGCAGUCGCGAAGGCGCUUUCGUAACGCCAACAACUUGCGUCUUGUUCCCAAAGAUGCCAACGGACACGCGCCCAUUUUAUCAGUGAUCAAUUAAUUCUUCUUGAUAUUGAAUCAAUGUGAGAGGUGUGAUUUAAAUUUCUAAAAAUAGACAAUGCAGCAAGAUCAGCGCGAGAUGACAAAAACAACAUCUGAUCUUGAAUCAGUCUCAUCAACGGAGACAACGGGUUUAACUCUACAAAGUGUUUUACAAAGCGUACAAACUUACUUGACCCUCCAAAGACUUCACGCGAGUGGGGCGACAAAUGUAUCAUCAUCAUCAUCAUCUUCAACCCCAUCAUCAAUAUCAACCCUGGGGCUUCAAGGGGCAUUACUCGCUGCCCUACAAAGGGUUGCCCUCUUACCCCCUGGUCAUGCUGCAGCAGCUGCACUCAAUCUACAAGCACUCGAGACCUAUCUAACUCUUCAUCGUCUUCAUGCAAGUGGAGCUGCAACUGUAUCAUCAACUGGACCUAGUCAGCGUUGCUCAAUGACCUUUGGUUCUUUGACAAAAACAGAUCAUUUAGGUUUGGAUCAUAUACUCCAAUCAAAUUCCUUAGACGAAGAUGAUGGAUCACAUCUUGAUUUUGUCACCGAUCCAGAGGAGGAUUUAGCACUACUUGACGAUGAUGAUGAUACAACAAUAUUAAGGGAGAAUUCAAUUUCGUCAAAUCAUGAUGUACUUUUGCAACGAAUAGUAUCGGAUGGUGGUAGUCAAAUUUUACCGACGGGCAAUAAUAAUACCACUACCACAACAACGGGACAAUUGGUGCAAAGUUCGACGUUACAAGCGACAUCAACAUCAAAUACAGAUGUUAAUUUAAUGCAAAGAAAUUGCCGUGCUGCAAGGCCCAAGAAACAAUUUAUUUGCAAAUUUUGCAAUCGACAAUUUACAAAGAGCUAUAAUCUAUUGAUUCAUGAGAGAACACAUACGGAUGAAAGGCCCUAUUCCUGUGAUAUUUGCGGCAAGGCAUUCCGUCGGCAAGAUCAUCUUCGUGAUCACAGGUACAUUCACAGUAAGGAAAAGCCAUUCAAGUGUGCGGAAUGUGGGAAGGGAUUCUGUCAGAGUAGAACAUUGGCCGUUCAUAAAAUUCUUCACAUGGAGGAAUCGCCGCAUAAAUGUCCAGUUUGUGCGCGAAGUUUCAAUCAGAGGAGCAAUUUAAAAACACAUUUAUUAACGCACACUGACAUAAAGCCAUAUCAUUGCGCAAAUUGUGGCAAAGUUUUUCGUAGAAAUUGCGAUUUAAGAAGGCAUUCGUUAACUCAUAAUCUUGGUGUUGCGGCGUCGCCACCAUCGCCGGGAAUUCCCGUACCUGGAUCGAGCGCUGCUGUUCUCCAAGAGACAUCCUAGCACACCCUUUAAAAAAAAUUUUUUUUUUUUUUUUUGUGUACAUGUGCACGCUUCCUCUCAUCAAAAAUUCCCUUAAAAAAUAUCUUCGCUAAUUUUUUUUCCGUCAUUAUUUUUUAGCGCGUAAGUCAUCAUACACACUUUUUUUUUU